AUGCACCUCAAAUCCCUAACCCUCCUCCUCCUCCCCCUCCUCCACCAAACCACAGCCCAACUCGAAGACGAACCCCAAGAAUACCUAAACUCAACCCACAACAACAACCAACUCUCCCUCUCCUCCCUCUUCCCAUCCGACUCUCUCUCCCCACGCGCCUUCGCCUGCGCCCUAGGCUACGAAGGCUGCACAAAGGCCACAACCAAGUGCUGCCCCUCCACAAAAGACUGCUGCGGCGAGUUCGCGUGCGCCGACUCCUCCGAAGACUGCUGCUCAAACGGCCGGAUCUGCGCGGCUGGCUUUAAAUGCUGCGAGGGGACGAACGGGUGUGCUCCGGUCGACGGGGAGUGUUGUGACGGUGGGUUUUAUUGUCGUGCGGGUAAGAGAUGUGCGUCUACGAAUGGGCAGAAACUUUGCUGUGCUCCUUCGGGGUGUACUGAGCGGGAAAGGGGUGGUGAAGAUGAGUGGGGUCUUGGCGAGCAGACGGGUGGUUACAAUGCUACGAUGAGUAUGGAAGCGCCGACGACGACGACGAUAACGAGGGUGGUUGAUGAUGUGUUGUAUGCUGGGACUAUUAGUUGGACAUACUGGUCUUACUACUGGACCUCUUUCUACCCUUACACCCAGCGAACGGUGACAUCAACCGAAACAACCACAUACACCGUCUUCUCAGUGUUUGCGAAGAACAGCGCGGAAGCGGUCUCUUGGAUUUUGGCGGAGUCGUCGAAGUAUAAUUUCCAGCCGCCUUUUACCGCGACGUAUCUCAGUGCAUCGACGCAUCCUGCUUCGUUGUAUACGGUUACGGAGGCUGCGGCUCCGACUGCUACUUCCCUGUCUUCGUCUGAUACUGGUCUCCAUAAUGGGGUUGAGCCCGGCGAGGAUAACGGUGUUAUUCCGGGGACGGGGGCUCCCGGUGGUGCUGCUGGACUGCGUAUCUCCGGAACCGGCGUUUUGGUUGCUAUUUUGAUUGCUGCUGUUGGUGGGUUGGCUUUUGGACUGUGA